GCUUAGCUCAGUUUCCGUUUCCGGGUGUGGGGCUGACGGUGGGUGCUGCAGGUAACGGAGUGGGGAGGCCGAGUAGGUGGUCGUUGAAGCCGAGGAAGGAGCCGAUUUGUCCACCAGUCAGCCAUGGGAGCCAGUGGAGAGGACGCGGCCGACAGCGAGGAGCGCUUCGACGGCAUGCUGCUAGCCAUGGCCCAGCAGCAUCAGGGCGGCGUGCGGGAGCUUGUGAAUACCUUUUUCAGCUUUUUGAGACGUAAAACGGAUUUCUUUGUAGGGGGAGAAGAGGGAGCUGCGGAGAAGUUAAUCACAGAGACAUUCAGCCGCCACAACAAGCUGGCUCAGAAAUCACAGAAAGAAAAAAAAGCUCGUCAGGAGGCGGAACAGCAGGAAAAAGCUGAACGUGCUGCUAAACUUGCCAAAGAAGCAAAACAGGAGGACAGUGAGCCAAGGAUUAAGGAGCUCACAGAUGAGGAGGCAGAAAGGUUGCAACUGGAAAUUGAUCAGAAAAAAGAGAAGAAAGAAGACGAAGCCCAGGAUGUCCCAGCAGAAUCUUCUGAUAACCCAAUGGAAUCUCCAGAGUCCAACAAGCAGGAUACAGAUGACGAGGAAGAAGAUGAGAAGGAUAAAGGCAAGCUUAAACCUAACUCUGGAAAUGGGGCAGACCUUCCAAAUUACAGAUGGACACAGACCCUCUCUGAGCUGGAUCUGGCCAUCCCAUUCAAAGUGAACUUCAGGCUGAAGGGGAAGGAUGUUUUGGUCGACAUCCAGAGACGACACCUGAAGGUGGGGUUGAAGGGCCACCCGCCUGUGAUUGAUGGAGACAUGUACAAUGAAGUGAAGGUGGAGGAAAGCUCUUGGCUAAUAGAAGAUGGGAAAAUCGUCACUGUGCACUUGGAGAAGAUCAACAAGAUGGAAUGGUGGAACAAGCUUGUGCAAACAGACCCAGAGAUUAACACCAAGAAAAUUAACCCAGAGAACUCAAAAUUAUCAGAUCUGGACAGUGAAACACGCAGCAUGGUGGAGAAAAUGAUGUACGAUCAGCGGCAGAAAUCGAUGGGGCUCCCCACUUCUGAUGAGCAGAAGAAGCAAGAUAUACUGAAAAAGUUCAUGGAACAGCAUCCAGAAAUGGAUUUCUCAAAAGCAAAAUUCAACUGAUAUUUGUCCCGUUCACUUCUCUCUCUCUUUCUCUCUCUCUCUCUCACCUCUUGUUUUUAUUUUAUUUUAAAGAAAACAACCCAGGCAGGACAAGAUAUAUUAUCUUCCUCUCAGCCUUAGAUUGCUAUGAAUGUUCAUAUUGUUCUAGAGUGAACUUUCAGGCAGAUGUGACAGGGAGGAUCUCUAGCAAUUUAUUCAUGUGUCAUGUUGCAUAUGUGUCAGGAUUUUCUGCAGCAGUAUCACUUGGUCAUCUGAAGCCCCUUUUACCUUUAAAGAGCUGUAUUAGAGAAGAACACUUUCAUUGAGAGGGAGGGGUGAAGUUAAAAGAGGAUUUAUGACAGAGAUCAUAGAUUGUCCUUGGGUCUCAAGUGAUCUGACAGACCUGGAACACAAAUACUGUCAUUUAAAUAUAAUUCUUUAGGAGGCAGGAAUGACACUUAAGCUUGAUUAUCUUCUACACUCCCAGCUGCUUCUUCAAUUGUCUGGAAGUCCUCUUUUAAACGUCUGUCAGGCCCUCUAGUAUUCCUGCUCCAAGCAACGUGGCUUGUGUAGAAGUGAGUCAGUGCCGCAGUAUGGAGGCUGGUUCAGCGUUAUAAGAAGCAUUGGGAAAUGAAUUCAUACCUCUUCUUGCCUUGCUUGCACCAUAAUGUGUAAAGAAGCCUCAUGCAGGAGUGAUGCGCAUUAAACUUAUGAAAUUUCCAUUUGAACAUUACAGGGCAAGCAGGGAGAACAGAUGCAUGAAGCAUCUGUGUAUCUGCUUAUAAACCCCAGUCAUCUGAACAUCGCAAGCACAAGUGCUCUAGCUUGGGGACAAAAAGAGGCAGACUUGUAUGGAGUGUAUGGUGGCGAGUGCAAAGUAUAUUCUAGCCAGUUAAACUGGUGCAUUAAGCUGCAUCAGUAUCUAGUAAAUUGAUCCCACCUGUAUUAUUGGAGCUGGAUCCAUCUCUGUUUCUGCCGAGCCCUGCUGUCAUGAGGUCAAAGCUGCAGUGACACACAUUUGUCCUAGAUUUAGGAUAUUUUGUUCUGUGAGCUCAGAAUCCCUUAUCUUUUGCGAUGCUGGUGUACUGACCUUUCAAAACCAAGAUUUUAGGAUUUGUUACAUGAGAAAAUGGUCUCGUUGCUUGUGCUGCACUUAAGAAAUAUUGAUCCAUGAGCAAAGUGCUGUUCCACAAGGUAUUUCAGAUGGUAGGGUGUCCUUUUAAGUGUCUUGUAGUAGGCAGGUCUCUGGCUUGCUGAAGACCUGCUAUCCACCUUAUUAGGGUUGCUCCACAUCAUUCCCCUUUCAGAGUUGGACAUGACUAACAAACACCACCUGUGUUCUUUCAUCCUUGGUUGUUUCUUAAAGACAGCUUGUACUCUGCAUGUAAAAUAAAAGGUGAUGUUUUCA